UUUGUUCAUUUGAAAGAAACCAGACCAUGCCACAUCUGCUUUAAAAGCCUGUACUUUUGAACCUCUCUCGUGAUCACUCCUCUUCCUUUCUUUAAAUUUGUUUCCUUCACACUUUUCAGAACACCCAGAAGCUCUAGCCUCACCAGCACCACAUAUUGCUAGCUAGCGACUCCGAGAUGCCAAGCAAAGAGGAUUCACCUUUAGUAGAAGCAAAGCUUCCACUAUUAGAAGCUCACCCUUUAACAGAUGAAAGAGAACAAGACCAAAGUUUCCCACGAAGGUUUUGGCUUGAGUCAAAGAGGCUUUGGCACAUAGUAGGCCCUUCAAUUUUCAGCCGUAUUGCAUCCUACUCCAUGUUAGUCAUAACACAAGCCUUUGCAGGCCACCUUGGUGACCUCGAACUCGCUGCCAUCUCCAUUGCCAAUAAUGUCGUCGUUGGCUUCGACUUCGGCCUCUUGUUGGGUAUGGCAAGCGCUUUAGAAACGCUAUGCGGGCAAGCUUUUGGAGCGAAGAAGUACUACAUGUUAGGCGUUUACAUGCAGCGUUCAUGGAUCGUUCUUUUCAUAUGUUGCAUCUUUCUUUUGCCUUUGUACUUGUUUGCCUCGCCGGUGUUGAAGUUGUUGGGGCAGCCGGAGGAGUUGGCGGAGCUAUCCGGCGCGGUGUCGAUCUGGAUGAUACCGGUGCACUUUGCCUUUGCGUUUCAGUUCCCUCUGCAGAGGUUCUUGCAGUGCCAGCUGAAGACCGCGCCCAUAGCGUGGGUGUCUCUGGUGGCGCUCGUGGUGCAUGUGUUUGUAAGUUGGUUGUUCGUGUUCAAGCUUCAGUUUGGUGUUGUUGGUGCUGCUGCUACUAUUAACUUCUCUUGGUGGGUCCUCACUUUGGGGCUUUUUGGCUACGUUGUUUGGGGUGGGUGCCCUCACACUUGGAGUGGUUUCUCUGUUGAAGCGUUUUCUGGUCUUUGGGAGUUUCUGAAACUCUCUGCUGCUGCUGGAGUCAUGCUAUGCUUGGAGAAUUGGUAUUACAAAAUUCUGAUUGUAAUGACCGGGAAUCUUGAGAACGCGGAGAUCGCUGUGGAUGCAUUAUCCAUAUGUAUGACCAUCAAUAGUUUGGAGCUGAUGAUUCCUCUGGCUUUUUUUGCUGCAACAGGAGUGAGGGUUGCAAACGAGCUAGGAGCUGGGAACGGAAAAGGAGCCAAGUUUGCUACUAUGGUAUCUGUGGUGACAUCGGUUAUAAUAGGACUUUUCUUCUGGAUGUUGAUUUUGAUAUUGCACGAUAAAUUCGGCUACAUAUUCUCUAAUAGCAAAGCUGUCCUUGAUGAAGUAAACAACCUUUCUCUUCUAUUAGCCUUCACAAUUCUGCUCAACAGUGUUCAACCAGUUCUCUCGGGGGUGGCAGUGGGAUCAGGGUGGCAAUCAUAUGUUGCAUACAUAAAUUUGGGUUGCUACUAUAUUAUUGGGGUGCCUCUUGGAAUUUUGAUGGGUUGGGUCUUCAAUCAAGGAGUUAUGGGAAUCUGGGCAGGGAUGAUUUUUGGUGGCACAGCAACUCAGACAUUAAUAUUGAGCCUCAUUACAAUUCGAUGCGACUGGGACAAAGAGGCUGAAAGAGCAAAAUUGCAUUUAACGAAGUGGACUGAUCCAAAACAAGAAUUGAACUAAUCAAGGGAUACUCGCUUUGUAACCUAAAUGCCAAAGGAAUCCGCAUAUUUGUUUUAGGCUUCGGUGAUAUUGAACGAAACUAAAAUAAUUAUGAUAUAUGUCAUUAUUAAUACAAUGAAAUUGUUUCAUGAUAGUAGUAUUAGAAAAGAAAAUUCUAUUUACCAAUUUUCUCCAGUUAAGCUCCA